GUCUGGCAGGUGAUGUCGAGGCUCUGCCCUGGUUUGCCGGGGACCUCGCAUGUGAAGAUGGGCCGUCACGUGUACCCCCACAGUUCAGAGCCCCAGAUUCGGCCGCUGCCAUGGACCUCGGCAAGUCGGCGGGAGCGAUGACCUCGAUGCCCGGAGCUUGAGCACGCUCAAAACCACGCCGUCUGUCACAACUGCGACUGUGCCGUGCGAUCUCCCCUCUCUCACCCUCUUCAGCGACUGUACAUUUCUUCUUUGAGUAAUCUUCGGGUAACGCCUUAGAUUACAUCUCAAACAGACGAGCGAGCUUCGCCAAACACCGUUUGCGUCGCGAUAGCUUGUGACUUCGCUUCAUAGCGGUGGACACUUCCCCCCGACUCCUUACACAUUUGCAUGGUACCUGGGCUGAGUCGCAGUAUUCAACGCAUCAUGGCACCGGCAGAGCUGAGAUAUGACGGUCAGACGGUGGUGGUGACGGGUGCGGGUGGUGGCCUCGGUCGCGAGUACGCCAUCUUCUUCGGUAGCCGCGGCGCCAACGUUGUGGUCAACGACCUUGGAGGAAGCUUCAAGGGCGAGGGCGCGGGAUCAGCGGCCGCAGACAAGGUCGUCAACGAGAUCCGCGCCGCUGGCGGCAAGGCCGUUGCCAACUACGACUCCGUCGAGAACGGCGAGGCCAUCAUCAAGACGGCCAUCGACAACUUUGGGCGCAUCGAUGUGCUCAUCAACAACGCAGGCAUCCUGCGCGAUGUCUCUUUCAAAAACAUGAAGCAGGCCGACUGGGACCUCAUCUACAAGGUCCACGUCAAGGGAGCCUUCAAGUGCGCGCGCGCCGCAUGGCCGUAUUUCCGGAAGCAGAAGUACGGACGGCUGAUUAGCACCGCCUCCGCUGCUGGUCUGUUUGGCUCCUUCGGCCAGACCAACUACUCGGCCGCGAAGCUUGCACUUGUUGGCUUCACUGAGACACUUGCAAAGGAGGGCUUCAAGUACAACAUUCUUUGCAAUGUCAUUGCGCCCAUUGCUGCGAGCCGUAUGACGGAGACAGUCAUGCCGCCCGAUGUCCUCGAGAAGCUCAAGCCCGAGUGGAUCGUGCCGCUUGUUGCCGUACUCACACACAAGUCCAACACCGAGACAGGCGCGAUAUUCGAGGCGGGCGGCGGCCACAUCGCGAGACUGCGGUGGGAACGGUCCAAGGGUGCCCUCUUCAAGCCCGACGACUCUUUCACACCCGGCGCUGUCGCGGCGAAGUGGAAGCAGAUCGUAGACUUCACCGACGCAGAGCACCCCGAGGGCCCGAUAGAUGCUCUUGGUGUUCUUGAGGCUGCGACCCAACAAGCCCCGAGUCCCAAGACUGAGCAGCCCAACUUCAAGGGCAAGGUGGUGUUGGUCACUGGCGCUGGUGGCGGUCUCGGCCGCGCAUACGCUCUCCUCUUCUCCAAACUCGGCGCCAAGGUUGUUGUCAACGAUCUCGUAAACCCGGAUGCCGUGGUACAAGAAAUCCAGAAGCUCGGUGGAGAGGCUGUUGGAAACAAGGCCAACGUCUGUGACGGCGAGGCAGUGAUCAAAACCGCCAUCGAUACCUACGGCCGUAUCGAUGUGCUGGUCAACAAUGCGGGUAUUCUGCGCGACAAGGCAUUCACCAACAUGUCCGAUGAGCAGUGGGAGGUCAUUCACCAGGUGCAUCUUUUCGGCACAUACUCCUGCAGCAAGGCCGCUUGGCCCUACUUCCUCAAGCAGAAGUAUGGUCGUGUCAUCAACACUACAUCGACCAGCGGGAUCUACGGAAACUUUGGUCAAGCAAACUACGCUUCAGCCAAGUGCGGCAUCCUCGGUUUCUCCAAGUCUCUUGCUCUUGAAGGCAAGAAGAACAACAUCUUUGUCAACACCAUCGCACCCAGCGCCGGCACUGGCAUGACCCGCACAAUCAUGCCUGAGGAGAUGGUUCAGGCGCUCAAGCCUGACUAUGUGGCUCCCCUCGUGGUGCUGCUCUCCUCUGACAAAGCGCCCGAGCCAACUGGUGGUCUUUACGAGGCGGGUCAGGGUUGGAUCGCUGCUACAAGAUGGCAGCGUACCGGUGGCAACGGCUUCCCGAUCGAUGUCAAGCUCACACCUGAAGCUGUAUUGGAGAAGUGGGACAGGAUCAACAACUUUGCGGACGGUCGCGCGGACAACCCCUACGACAACGCCAGCGGGCUCAAGAGCAUCAUGGCAAACAUGGAGAACACAAGCAAGGGCAGCAAGGAUGACGGCGAGAAGGUUGACUAUCUCAAGAACAUUGAGCAGGCAAAGGCGGCAAAGGCGCCAGGCACGGAGUUCCAGUACGACGAGAAGGACGUGAUUCUCUACAACCUCGGAAUCGGCGCCAAACGUACCGAUCUCCCCUUCGUCUUCGAAAACAACGAAAACUUCCAAGUCUACCCCACCUUCGGCGUCAUUCCCCCUUUCAACGUUGUCCUCCCCUACAAUCUUGACGACAUUGUCCCCAACUUCAGCCCUAUGAUGCUUCUACAUGGCGAGCAAUUCCUCGAGAUCCGGAAAUACCCCAUUCCCACCGAAGCCAAGCUCAUCACAUACCCGAAGCUCGUCGAGGUCAUGGACAAAGGCGCCGCGGGUGUGGUAGUCCAGUCCACGACGACCGUCGACGCCAACACCGGCGAGGAAAUUUUCUACAACGAGUCCACAAUCUUCAUCCGGGGCUCCGGCAAAUUCGGCGGCAACCCCAAGGGCGGCAACCGCGGCGCCGCAACCGCAAUCCACAAGCCGCCGCAGCGCGCCCCCGACGCCGUCGUCGAGGAAGCCACCACCGAGGAACAGGCCGCCAUCUACCGCCUCAGCGGCGACCGCAACCCGCUGCACAUCGACCCCGAGUUCAGCAAGGUCGGCGGCUUCAAGGUCCCGAUUCUGCACGGGCUGUGCUUCUUUGGCAUCAGCGGCAAGCACGUGCUCCAGACGUACGGGCAGUUUAAGAAUAUCAAGGUGAGGUUCGCGGGCACGGUGUUGCCGGGGCAGACGCUGCAGACGGAGAUGUGGAAGGUUGGGAACACGGUUGUGUUCCAGACGAAGGUCAAGGAGACGGGGAAGCUGUGCAUUUCCGGGGCGGGAGCGGAGUUGCUGGGCGGUGGGAGCAAGCUAUAGUAUAGUGAAGGGGCGGGGAGCGGAUGGCGUUUUUGUAUGAUAACUUUGCAAAAGGAAUGACGGCGCUUUUA